AUGACGGCGCCAGCCGAAGGCCAUAUCAACGACGGACCAUCUGCGCCAUCCCCGGUCGAUGCAGCUGCAGCGCUCUCGUCCAGCCCUACCAACAGCAGCACCCAGCCACCUUCCAUACCCUCGCAAAUAGACAUGGAGCCGCGCUCUUCGCACGACACCCGCAUCGACUAUGACGGCCAGCCAUCCCCUCGCUCCGACCCAAGGCCCCUAGACCAGACUCAAAGUCACGAGAGCAGAAGCUCGCACGACUCGCACCAUGACGACCACCACGGCACCACUGUCGCACCGACGCCCGACAGCCGCACCGAGGCAAAGGUCAAGCUGUCGGACCAAACCAACUACCUCCCGAGGAAGCAGGUGAUUCUCGUCUUCGCCGGCCUGUCGUGCGCGCUCUUCAUCGCGCUCCUUGACCAGACCAUCGUCUCGACGGCUCUGCCCACCAUAACCCGCGCCUUUGGCGCCGGCGCCGACGCGUCCUGGCUCUCGACGUCGUACCUGCUGACCUCUACGGCAGUGUGCCCGCUCUACGGCCGCUUCUCGGACAUCUUUGGGCGCAAGGUGUGCAUGGUCUUUUCCCUCAGCCUCUUCCUUGUCGGCUCGAUCCUCUGCUCGGCCGCGCAGAGCAUGACGCAGCUCAUCGUCUUCCGCGCCAUUGCGGGAGUCGGCGGCGGCGGCAUCAUCACGCUCGUCAUGGUCAUCGUGAGCGACGUCGUCAGCCUCCGCGAGAGGGGCACGUACCAGGGCGUGCUCGGCAUGGUCGUCGCCAUCUCCAACUCGGGCGGCCCGCUGGUCGGAGGCGCGCUGGCGAGCGCCAACUGGCGACUGUGCUUCAUCAUCGCGAUCCCCAUCAUCGUCCUCGCCCUCGUCGCCGUCAUCCUCCUGCUGCCCCUCAAAAAGGUCGAGGGCAGCGUCAGGUCCAAGCUGGCCAAGAUCGACUACCUCGGCGUCGCCCUCGUCCUCGCCGGCACCGUGCUCAUGCUCCUCGGCCUCAACUGGGGCGGCCAGACGUUUCCCUGGACCGACGCCCGCGUCCUCGGCACGCUCAUCUCGGGCGGCGUCCUGUACCUCGUCUUCGCCUACGUCGAGGCCAAGGUGGUGCCGCUGCCGCUGGUGCCGAUGCGCCUCUUCCGCAACCGCACCGUCGCCUCGGUGCUGGUGCAGACGGCCUGCUCCGGCGGCAUCUUCUAUCUGCUCCUCUUCUUCGUGCCCCAGUACACCCAGGUCGUCAAGGGCUUCUCGGGCAUCCUGGCGGGCGUCUGCCUGAUCCCGCUCAUGGCGCUGCAGGCGGUGACGAGCACGGCGGCGGGCAUCCUCGUCUCCAAGACGGGCCGGUACAAGGCCUUUAUCGUUGGCGGCUUCGCCAUCUUUUCCGUGGGCGUCGGCCUCCUCGCCCUCCUCGACGUCGACACGCCCACCGGCGAGGUUAUCGGCUUCCUGAUCCUCGCGGGCUUCGGCGCCGGCGGCACGCUGCAGACGACGCUCGUGGCGGCGCAGAACGCCGUCGAUCGGAAGGACCUGGCCGUAGUGACGUCGACGAGAAACUUUACCAGGCUCUUUGGCGGAGUGCUGGCGCUGGCGGCGAGCUACACGAUCCUCAACAACUCGGUGCGCAACCACCUGCGGGGCGUCGACGAGUCCGUCAUCCGCCAGGUGAUUUCGGACCCGACGUCGAUCCGGACCGGUCCCUUUUCGGCGCAGCUCCGCGAAGAGCUGCUGGCCGCGUACGUGGCGGCGUUCCGCAACGUCUUCUACUUUGGCCUCGCCAUGAUCCUCGUCGCGUUCCUGCUGACGCUCUUCUUCCUCGAGGAGCUGCCGCUCGACAAGGCCGACGACAAGCAGAGAAAGGAGGAGGGCAAGCAGUGGAUCGAGGAGCGCAAGUCCAAGAAGCAGGCCAGGAAGCAGGGCCACGAUGUCGAGGCGGCACCUGCGGCCGCUGGACGAGGCGAAAAGUAG